GGCACAGAUGCCUUCUUACUCCCAUGUGCUAAUUUGAAUGGCCAUGUUGGAGUUUCCUUGGCUUACCAGGGCAGCUCCACCCCUUGCCCAGGGCCCAUCAUGGCACUUUUGCUGGACAGAGUCUGUGACUUCUCUCUUGGACUCAAUGUAUCACCUGGUCUUCCUAAUCCGUGGACACUAAACCAGUCUCAAAAGGACUGUGAACUGGAACUGGGGUGCUCUGAGCACGCUCAGGCUGAUGGCGGCAGCUUCCCAGGACCAGCCAUUUCCUUUGUGCUACCCAUCAUCUAUGCCCUUAUCUGUGCCUCCGGUGUCCUGGCCAACGGGCUGGUGAUCUGCGUCGUGCUGGGAUGCAAGCAGAAGAUAGUGUCAGAUAUCUACAUUCUGAACCUGGCUGUAGCUGAUUUACUCUUCCUGCUCGGCAUGCCCUUUGUCAUCCACCAACUUCUUCAGGAGCGAGGCUGGGUUUUUGGAGAUUUUCUGUGUUGGGCAGCAACCACCAUCGACCUCAACAACCAGUUCUGUAGUGUGGCCAUUGUCACUCUGCUCUGCGUAGACAGAUAUGUGGCAGUGGUGUACUCAUCCACUAUUGGCCAGAAACGGACCCUGCGCUGCACUGCUCUGAUCAACGCCAGUGUAUGGGCAGGAAGCUUCAUUCUGGCCACGCCUGCUAUGCUUUAUGCUCGGGUGCACUGGGACAACAAGACUGAGAUUUGCCUCAUCGACUUACCAGGUCCCUACAGCAUAUACUGGUACACCCUGUAUCAGUCGCUUGUGGCUUUCCUGCUGCCGUUGCUAGUGAUUACUGUGCUGUAUUCUUUGACUCUGCACCACUUGUUCCAUGCCAUGCGCCGUGUUCAUCGGAAGGCAUCUACCCGCAGCAGGAAGGUGACCCGUAUGGCGCUCACCAUCAUUGCUGCCUUUUUUGUCUGCUGGACUCCGUAUCAUGUGCUGCAGUUGGUCAACCUAACAGCAACACCCUCUGCUACCUUCUUCUACCUGUACCAGACUACUAUUUGCCUCAGCUAUGCCCACAGCUGUGUCAGCCCCAUCCUUGUUAUUUUCUGCACUGAGUUCUUCCGUGAGAGGAUGGCCCAGUCCAGGUAUUGCAGAUUUCUCACCAGUUGGAGGGUGAUACGAGAAAGUCAUUCCUUUUCUGCACCAGAAAUGACAGCUACAGUGUACAGCCCAGAAGCAAGCCAUGCUGCAUCCCCAUGCAUGCGCCCUCCAUUUGUGAUAGGAACACCGUUGUGCUCCAUAACUGAGACCACCAGAUUCAGUGGAGUUGUCAAUGGGUACGAGGAACCCUGUGGGUUUUAAGGAUCUUUUGGG